AUGCACAAGAAAUAUCAGUAUCGUGACCCAGUAGACUCGGCUCGGACUUCAACACAAGAACACCCUAUACCUGCACACAGAUUCAUCUCAAGUUUCCAGACGCACGCAUCGCAUGUACCUGAGACUAUGCGCGCACACUUCGCGUACAACCCUUUGGAGGUGACUUCGGGGAGGAACCGCGCUAUCACAACAGCCGAUGGGGGCCAUACCGUGAGGGUCACCGAGGCUCCAAAGGAUGAGCACUUGCCUGUUGUACCUGCGAACAAGGAGCAAGUCUCGAAAUCACCUCAGUUGCACGGAGUGGCCGACAGCAUCAAGAACACCUGGCAUGCGCUCCGCAAGACAUUGCCCAAAGACAAGAGCCACAAGAAGGACAAGGACGAAAAUCACUCCCGCGCAAGCAGAAGCAGCAAGAAAAGUGCCAAGAGUCAGAAGAGUGAGAAGAGUGCUACUAGUGGGCACACCAGCCCAUCUGUGACUGCAUCCGACAAGAAGUCGCACAGUAGUGGUAGCUCAGCGAGCGGCGCCGGGAAGCCUGUGGGAUCUGCUAGUGUGGAGAAGCUCGAGGGAGCCCUAGCCGAACCCAGCACCGCUCCAGACUACAACGGCACGGUAUCCAACAUCACCAGUGGCAAAGGAGAGGUGCCUGAGACGGGUGUAGUAGUGCAGAAGGACAGGACAGGAGACGUUACUAGUCCUAGCUCCAGCUCGAGUGAAGGUACUGCUGCUGCGGGUGUGCAUACGAAUACACAGACCGAUGGUACAGGCACAUCCCCAAUCAUAGACACAGCGGUGGCUGUGUUGCCCAUAGCACGUCCCGAUGCCGAUGGCGUAGUGUCCGCGCAGGUGGACAGUGUGCCAGCCACGGAGUCAGAGAGUUCUGCUACACCCACUACUCCCACUACGGCUCAGACUCAGAGUAAGCCGCAGAGUGAGAGUGCUGCUGCGAACGACAGUGAUGAGGAUGAAAAGUUCCACGAUGCCAAGGAGAGUUUCAAGAAAAAGGGCCUGUUCCAUCAACUGUCCUCGCUUAUGAGUGGGGUCAAGAAGGACAAGACAUCCAAGAGCUCCAAGGACAACACCCCGCCAAACAACCUGAAGCCUAGUACGCCUUCUGGCACUACACCAGAGCCAACUGCCGAUGUCGCAGAACCGCAUGAGCCAGGCACUACCCCAGCUGUGUGAAACUGCAGCGUAGAAGUUAUUUUUCACGCAAACUUGAAUUCUAUGCGCAUGCCUUGACUGUAUACGCUUGUCGUAGUGUAUGCGCUUACUUGAAUAGUGUACACGUGCUUUUGUAUGCUUCAAAUGACGAUCUGUAUACGAAUAUAUACGUGGAAAUCGCUUUUGAUACGUGCCAAACAGAGAAAGUAGUUUAUGCAAACGGGCCUGUACCAGAACAUGCAAUCAUGUACGAGUUUUCUUCGGCGUGGAGCAAUGAGAUGAGGAUCUGCAAUCCAGAUUCGGGCAUUCGCACACUCGCGUCGCUAUAUUUGAUAAUUCCCAGAGAAAUGCAUCUAUUUGUACAACGUUGUCCGAUAUAUGCAUGGAACGAGUAGGUCAUACACCAUACCGGAGAGAAAAUAAACACGGUGAAACAGUCGACA